AUGAGCUUAUUCAGUCUUGUAGAAUGAAGUCAGGUAUUUGUCACAUGAUGUUUGUUAGGAGCGGAUCAAGAGGGGUGCUUGGGAGUCAAUAUAGGCCUAGUAAUAAUCUGCCCCUGGUUAGUUCGUAGCGUGAGAGACCUUCUGUCACACCCAUCCUAGGACGUCCAAAGAGAUCUUGGAAAGCGCGACUCGGAGAGGAGACAUCAUGGGUUCCUGCUGCUGUAAGGACAAAAACAGGCGGUUGGAUUCGUUUGAACUGGGAGAGAAUGCCAGACUAAACGAACACCGAGACGACCCUCCCAGGGAGAACGCACCUGCGAACAUGUUACUGCGAAUAUGUCUGGUUCUGCUGGGGCUUUGGCCAGCACUUCCCCCUUGCAGCAUUUGUCGCCAUCGGGAGAAGGGGAUGAUUAUUCCGUGCUUCGUCAAGUUGGUAUUCUCCUUAAUAGUAACAAUAGUCUUGGGGAUAAGCAUCAACGAUCUCGGUGACAUAUUGCUGAAUUACCUCGGCAAGACGCACGACACAGUGUUCUUCAUAUCCUACCUGACAAACCUGCCUCAUUUGGCACUUGUCUUGCUACUUUGCAUCUCAGUACAACUGAGGCUGUGCUGCUCACCGCAUGUUGACAUGGCUGUGUUCUCAACGCGCUACCUGCAGUGCCGAUCCGAACAAGGAUUUGGGGGCCUGUGGUGGCGCUUCCUCGGCUUUAUGGUUGUGCCAAUUAUCUGCAUAAUGCUGAGGUUUAUUGUGUUCUUGCACGAAUACGGUAGCACUAACUGCCCCCAAGAUCCACUGGCAAUCUUAAGGUUAAUAGCUGGCAUCGUUGGAAUGAUCUAUUAUGGAAUCUUCUGCUUCGUGGUCCACAGCCUAAAGCUCUCGCACCGCCGAGAAUUUCAGAGUGUUGCCGAGCAAGCGUGCCAGCAAAAUAUGGAGGUAGGCCUAGAAGAUAUCAAAAAAACUAUCAGGCGACUGCGGUUGGGGUUUCAUGACUUCCAAUACUUUGUCGGCAUGUGGAUGACAGUAACGGUCUCGCUUGCUACCUUGGGGAUGGUGUUUCUAAUACCGUUCACUUUUGCCACCCUUCCGGAGAUCAGGAAGCAUCAUGACGUCGAAGGGCGGAGCCUGACGGUUUGGGCAUCCCACACCUGGUUGCACAGGUUUAUGUUCUUCGUGGAACCGAUCGUGGCAGUCGGGGGAUUGGACGUCAGCUCUCUGUGGACCUACCUCAAGGACUGCAUCCUACAGAAGUGGGACGACGGGAUUGAAGGGAGAGACAGUCAGACACUCAAAGAAAUCUUCGACCACAUCAAAUUGCUGGAAAUCAACGGGUCGUGGAUAAAGCCCACCCUGGUGUUCUCGCUUACCAGUGUGUACCUGGGCAUGAAGCUGGAUCCAUAUCAGGAUCUGGACCCGUGGGUCGGGUUUGCAUGUAGGUUUGCCAAUUUAACCGAUGUGCGGCCUUUUCUUACAAAAUAGGGCCGCUGUAUUAAGCUCAUGCUCAUACGACUAAGGGCACACCCCGAUGGUUGGCUGAUAAUUAAAUCAAAGCUACAUAUUUUAGCUCAUUUCACCAAUAAGUAAAACAGCAGAAAAUAAAGUCUUAGAGUUAGGUCUUUGUUGCGAUUGUAUGUCUUGUGUCAGACUGUACAAUGUACAUGUAUGUGUGAACAAAUAAAGCGUGUGCAGUUCAAUCACGAUAAUGUCCUUACUUACAUCUGUUGCAAGGGCUUAGAUCCGGGAGAAUGGGGUCAUAUACGAGUCAGCUCAAUCUAGACACCAACUCAAGAGACUAUACCAGCCUAAUUCCAUUUAAGGUAGAACCUCCCCUAAUUUGCGCCUUCGGGAUGGGCAAUAAUGAUCAAUUGAACCAUACUGACGAAAUUUUUGUACUGACCAAAAAGAAAGAAAAGAAAAGAAAAUGCAAAAUUCUCCUUUUGAAUUCUCAACGGAUAGAAGUUUAAGAGAAAACUACAUUAUUCCUAUAUUGCAGACUGGAAUCUUUGCCCUUCAACAGUUGUCACACAUUAGAACUUCCAUUAUUCAUUGAAGAGAUGUUUAAUUACCAUUUCGUCCUUGAAUAUUUCGUCAUCGUAUAUCAAAAUGAUGUAAAAGUCAAAUGUUAUUACAACAAUAACGUGAGAAACGAGCAUUAUUUGGUUUGCGUUUUCGGCUGAAGGUCAGUCUCCAUUUUUUAUUUCACUGAGGCUAGUCAUUUAGCAAAUUUAGUUUGACUGUUUAAAAAUUUAGGCAGACAAUUUCCAAAAUGUACAGUAAAACCUUAACUUACCCCUCGACAGUACUCACAGAUAUCUAAAAAUGCAAAGUUUUUUUAUUGUUAAAUUAGAAAAGUAUACUUUCCGGAAGUAUUAACUCUUCAUUAUGCCUCCACAUAUGUGUAAAUGCUACUUCAGGAAUUCCAGAGGACUUUUUGAAAUUCAUUGAUUUGCAAAGGUAUGAGUGCCCGGAAGUGUUUUAAUCAAGAAAACAUUCGAUUGUGUCGGUCUUUAUACGAGUACGUUAGGAUUUCACGCAUGCAUUAAGGCACAUGCUAGCCCCCCCAUGACAAACCGAGUGGAGGAAACAGUUAGCGACACCCUAAUGCGUGGAUAGUUGCAAAAGAUAAUAAUAAACUGAACACAGAACCACUAUAUGUAGUUUGUGUUAUUCAUGUUUAACAUAAUCAACUCAUGUAAGGAUGGAACAUGACGCAGUACAAAGCUAUAAGCACGCUACACUUACAGUUGAAUUGCUUGUGUCUUGACUGGAGAUUGUACGACUCGCCAUUAAACAGUGAGGAAUUCACAUUAAUCACCUUUAAUCCCCAAGCUGUAGGCCUUAACGUUGAACGCAGUGAUGUGAGAUGUGAAAUAUUGUAAAUAGUGAAAAUAGAACAAAGUUCAUUAAUUUUAUGGAUUAUACACAACUGCAAUGUACAAGUUAAUGUCCGAUGAUGUAGUAGGCCUAAUUAAGAAAUAUUCGAAUUUACAAGCACCUGGAACCUUCAGAAAUCACGGGAUAGGAAGUGAAUCAUGGUGAGGAUAGUCUUUCUUGAAUUUUUUCACCAUCUACCUGA